AUGCCUGUCGCUACCCUCCACCUCCUUACCCUUGUCAAGACCACAGAUGCACAAUCAUUCCUCCAGCAACUCAGGCAAUCGCCAAGCACUCGAGUCAUCGUCGCCUCGCGUCCACGUCAUGUCGUAAUCCAUCCAAAUGUAUUAGACAACAACCCUCUCACCUCAACUCCAUGGGACUUGCUAGUGCUCCUCCAAAUCGCCCAGCCAAACGAACAAGACCCAAUCCCAAGCGCUCUGCGCGGGUUAAUCACGAACGAAUACAGAAUAACCACUGGAAUCCCAUCGAAGCUCCUCUCAGACUAUCAGGCUAGAGACUCCCGACUUAAGAACGAUGCGUCAUCCAUACCUCUCACAGGUUCUCUGGACAAGGUUGUCCGCGAGGGCAGCAAAGAGACUUCGCAGAGUCUGGAAGUCUCGCCCGAGCUACUGAGAUUCAUGAAUGAACUUUUCAAGACCCAUAAGGGACCCGUAACCAUGCUAAACCUACUACAUUUCCACCAUCCUGAUGGCAAGAAGAACUAUUAUCAGUACGGCCAAGCCUUUAUUCCUGUCGCAGGGAAACGCGGCGGCAGUGCCAAGUUGGUGGGCAAUGUGGUACCGCCAGUGUCGGAGAAGAGUGAUUCGCGGGGGGCCGCAGAGUCGGCCGCAGCAGGAUUGGUGGAAUGA